AUGGAAGAAGCUCAUAGUUCCAGAUAUUCAAUCCAUCCCAGUUCUACAAAGAUAUACCGUGACUUGAGAUUAGUCUACUGGUGGACUGGUAUGAAGAGGUGUAUUGCAAAGUUCGUUUCCAAGUGCCCAAAUUUCCAACAAGAUAGAGAUGCACAAUUCACCGCUCAGUUUUGGAAGUCUUUUCAGAAUAGUUUGGGUUGGAAGGUUGGUGAAGCUGAGUUGAUAGGACCAUAUUUGGUUCAUCAAGGAAUGGAGAAGGUGAACAUUAUUCGGGAAAUUUUAAAGACAUCACAGAGUAGUCAGAAAUCCAAUACAGAUGUUAGGAUAUCCAAGAGAAUUGGAAAUGUAGCUUAUGAGUUGGAGCUAGUGUCAGUGUUAGCAGCAUUCCAUCCAGUGUUCCAAAUCUCAAUGUUGAAGAAGUGUAUGGGCGAUCCUUCACUUAUUAUACCUACUGAGAAUAUCGGUAUGAAGGAAAACCUAUCUUAUGAGGAUGUACCUGUUAAGAUUCUUGAUCAUCAGGUUCACAAGUUAAGGACCAAGGAGGUUGCAUCAGUCAAGGUUUUAAGGAGAAAUUAA